AUGAGAUUGGGUACAUCAAGAGCUCCACCGCCAGGCAUCAACACUGCUCAGUUGAGGGUAGCCAGGGUUGAGCCUGCUGAUGACCCCAUAUGGGAUACUCAAAACAGUACUCUGGGUUUCCAAAAGAUCUAUGCAAUCUCCAUGGCACAUCGUCCCGAUAAACGGGAUUAUCUUGCCCUCAUGGCUUUGGUAUCGCAUCUCGAUAUCGAAUUUAUAGAUGGUGUGAAUGCAACAUUGAUGCACCCAAAGGCAUUUCCAGCUUUCUGGAGAGGUGAAGAAGGCCUCGGUGCGUAUGGUUGUUGGCGCGCACAUCUGAACGUCUAUCAAAAGAUGGUGCAGAAUCAAGUUCAAUCGGCUCUCAUUAUCGAAGAUGAUGCAGACUGGGACGUACUGCUGAAAUCACAGAUGCUCUCCUUCGCCCGCGGCGUCCGGGCCAUUCAGGAUAGUACGUUGCCUCUACACUCCCCUUACGGAGACUCGUGGAAUUUGCUCACCCUCGGUAAUCUCGGAGUGAACAACAAACCACACAAAUCCGGGAAGUACUACGUUACCCAUAAUGAUCCGACGGUAAUAUCGGAAUCACGGCGGACAAUUCGUCGUAAACCGGAUCUGAGUGCGGAAAAGUUAAAGGGGAAGCACACACGAAUCAUCAUGGAGGUAAACAAGUUGACUGGUGCGGGUGCCUAUGCAUUAUCCCUCCGUGGAGCAGCUAGGCUGUUGUAUGACCAGUCGCUGCUACCAAAUGCCCAGCCUAUUGAUGUCGCAAUCCCACAACUUUGCCGCCACGAUGAUGACUGGCCCGAGCCUUUUUGCUUGGGGGCAUACCCCACAAUAUUCGGACUGUAUCGUGGUAUUGGAGCUUUGGAUAGGGACUCUGAUCGCAAAGUUGAAGAUGACGAGGACAAAUCUAAUUAUAGUGGACGCCGAGGCAAGCUUAUGCGAAAGAAAGGAGAGAGUAAGUAUACGGUGUUUCCAGUGAGUUUAAAUAUGAGAGGGUUGUUGCAGCAGGAGACCAAGUUCCAAGCUGUCGACCCUGCUCAGGAUAUGAUGGCAGAGGUAGAUAUAAGCACAUUCGAAUUCCCGAUGGGAGAGGUGGUUACUGUGGAGCCGGAAGAGUUUGCAUCACGAUCGGUGACCUGA